AUGGGUUUAGUUGAAAAAAUUAGGACCAAAGAGUUGGACAAAUUUGUUACAUUUGGCCACUCGGUUACCGUUUAUGUUGUAUUAAGCCAUACCAGUCCAACAAUUGUCCAAUUGAUUACCUAUUGUACGUAUGUGGCCAUCAACCAGGAUGACCAACAGCACCAAAUAAAUGCAUCGAAAAUAUUUGUAUCGCUGGCAUUAUUUAAUUUGAUCAGGCAGAUAAUGUUUACAAUACCACAAUCGAUUAAUGCUAUUACCUUGAUUUACGUAUCAUUCAAACGUAUUGAAAAAUUUCUCAAAAGUGAUGAACACUUGGAUUAUGUUGAAGACAACUUAACCAACAAUUGUAUUAUUAAUGUUGAAAAUGCAUCGUUUAAUUGGGAAUCCGAUACUAAUAGUAGUAGUAGUAGUAGUGAUAAUACUAACAAUAGUCAACCGAUUUUACAUAAUAUUAAUCUCAAUAUAAAUGAUGGCCAGUUUGUGGCAAUAGUAGGCAGUGUCGGGUCCGGUAAGAGUUCACUGAUGUCGGCCCUGUUUGGCGAUAUGGAUCUGAUUGGCAGUAAUGGCAGAGUCAAUGUUAGACCAGAUAUCAGCGUAGCCUAUGUUCCACAACAAGCCUGGAUAUUGAACUGUACGGUCAAAGAGAAUAUAUUGUUUGGUAAACCCAUGGAUCAGGAACUGUAUGAUCGGGUGCUCGAUACGUGUGCACUCAGGCAUGACCUACAACAACUAGCCGACGGCGAUCAGACAAUGAUCGGCGAAAAGGGUGUUAAUCUGAGUGGCGGUCAAAAACAAAGAGUCAGUUUAGCCCGAGCUGUCUAUUCCGGUGCCGAUCUAUACCUACUCGACGAUCCACUGUCUGCCGUGGACAGUCAUGUCGGCAAACACAUUGUCAGUAAAGUACUCGACUCGAGAACCGGUAUUCUAAGCAAUAAAACCCGUUUAUUAGUAACAAAUCAAUUGUUUGUAUUACCCGAUGUCGACCUAAUUGUUGUCAUAAAAGACGGCAUAAUUACAAGUGUCGGUACUUAUGAUAAUCUAUUGGAAAAUGAUUGUUAUUUUUCCGAAUUAAUUCAACAAUAUUUAGCUGAAAGUCCGUACUGUUCACUGGGUUUCCUAUUGUCAAUAAUCACAUACAAUGCCCUACAGAUUGGUUCAUCGUUUUGGUUAUCAAUAUUUAGCAACAAUAUUGACAGCAUAUCCAGCCAUACAUCAUCAUCGGUUGGCACCGGCAGUAUAAUUACCGACAACUACUGCUACUAUUAUUUAGGUAUUUUUAGUGCCUUUAUAGUCGGCAAUAUUAUUACAGUACUGGCCAGCCGUUUGUUUAUUAUCAACGGUAUACGUCGGGCCUCCAAACGUCUACACCGGCAACUGUUGUCGAGUGUAAUGCAUUCACCGAUGAAUUACUUCGAUAGGACACCAAUCGGCCGACUGAUGAACCGAUUUGGUAACGACACCGAUACACCAUUGUUUUUGGCACCACUGGCACUGGUAGCUGUUAUUUACUAUAUAGUUCAGUUUAUUUACAUUAAAACUUCACGACAACUAAAACGUUUAGAAUCGACUACACGAUCGCCGAUAUAUUCACAUUUCGGUCAAACACUGGCCGGUGUGUCCAGCAUUAGGGCCUACGGCUGUACCGAUCGAUUUGUACGGGAAUCCGAAAGACUAGUGGACAGCAAUCAGAUGUGUCUCUAUCCUAAUGUUGUGGCAAACAGUUGGCUACAGAUUUGGUUGACAUCACUCAGCAAUUGUUUGCUAUUUUUUGCCGCACUGUUUGCCGUACUGGGGAAAGGCAGUCUAACCGGCAGCGAUAUAGGACUAUCCCUAUCCUAUGCAUUGGCGUUAACUGUAACGUUAGACUUGUUUAUCAAAACGUUUGCACAGUUGGAAAACAAUAUGGUUUCAGUCGAACGUAUUGACGAAUACUGUCGAUUGGAAAGUGAAUCCGAUUGGCAUCGAUGUGUGGAUGACUACCCGUUAGCCGAUAACUGGCCCGAUAGGGGAGCCGUUAGGUUUGAGAGUUAUGCCACUAGAUAUGGGGUUGGAUUAGAUUUGGUACUCAAUGAUAUUGAUGUGGAUAUUAAAGCGGGCGAAAAGAUAGGUAUUGUUGGCCGAACCGGUGCUGGAAAGUCAUCGCUAACUUUGGCUCUGUUAAGGCUUAUUGAGCCAGCUAUGGGUCGGAUAGUUAUUGACGGUAUAGAUAUCGGACGGUUAGGACUACACGAGUUGCGCUCUCGGCUAACAAUUAUACCUCAAGAACCCAUACUAUUUUCGGGUACAAUUCGCUUCAAUUUGGAUCCGUUUGGCCAGUUUUCCGACGAUCACUUGUGGACAGUGUUAGAUCAGUCGCAUCUCAAAGAGUUUGUUGCCGCCAGUGAUCGGGGACUCGACUGGUCGGUCGCCGAAUCGGGUGAUAACAUGAGUGUUGGUCAACGACAGCUCAUAUGUCUGGCACGGGCUUUGUUACGUAAUACUCGUGUCCUUAUCCUCGAUGAGGCCACGGCUGCCGUCGACGUAGAAACCGAUGCACUCAUACAGCAAACCAUACGUCAAGAGUUUAGAUCGUCGACUGUCCUAACGAUUGCCCACCGAAUCAAUACAAUUAUGGACUCCGAUCGGGUGUUAGUCCUCGACAACGGACGGGUAGCCGAGUUUGGCGAACCCAACAGUUUAUUGGCAAAUAAAUUGUCAAUUUUCUAUACACUGGCCAAUGAUGCCGGUAUUGUUUGA